AUGGCCAUGAAGCUGCAAAAAUGGCGAAGUUUAUCUCCCUCUCUAUACCUGAUAAAUAGAAGCCACGUUUUUUUCAAUCAUCGUCUAUUACACGAAGGCCCAGACACCUUAGAAGAAUUAUUAGACAGACAUUUAGUUAAGAAAGAGAAAUCACUUGAUGAAGAAGAGGAAGAGAUUCUGAAUCAGCGGCGAUUAACCAGCACGCGACGUGAAGCACUGCAUUUAUACCGUGAUAUCUUGAGGGCCACCCGAUUCUUUAUGUGGCCCGAUUCGCGAGGAGUGUUGUGGAGAGAUGUAUUGAGGGAGAAUGCCAGGAAAGAGUUUGAAGCGGCCCGGUUUGAAAAAGAUCCGGAAAUUGUGACCCGGUUGCUCAUUGGUGGUAGAGAGGCUGUGGAAUCGGCUAUUGAGAAGCUUGUUGAGAAGCAGAGAGAGCAGAUUGAGAAGGAACGUCGCGGCGGUGGAGAGAAUCAUAUUACACUGAAUCAUUGCAGCCGACUAAUGCUAGUUUUAUGGUUUCUGUCAAGUUUGUUGGGAUAUUGGCUGAGGUUUUGCUUUUCUGUGUUUAUGCUUACCGGGGAUAGUUGGAUGGCUGUUCUACGUGCACUCGACGGUGAAAGGAAGUCAGGCAAUUCACUGGAGAAAAGGGGGAAAGCUGAUCGUGCCCCAAAACCUUAUAGCUUAUAUUCCACGAAGAAUCUAUCCUUGCAAGACGGCAAUUUUGGAGAAAAGCAUGAUACCCAAUUUGAAAAUACCAAGUUUGAGUGGCGGAUACCGAUCGGCAAAUUCCCGCUACCGAUGAGAAGGGUGGGUUUUAAUACUCCGUUACAGCGAUCCCAGAAAUUCCUAUCCGUUUUAGAAUGUCCUCUCUUUGCUCUUGCCCCUUGGUACGAGGAAGCUUCUAUUCCAGAAACCCAGCUGCUUUCUUUUGUUUUCGCUGACUUCUUUGUUCUUUUGAUACUAUUGGGUCUGGGGAUUUUUUCUCUUCCUCUGAGCGAUGAAGAUUCUUCUCCUAAUGAUCUCACUUCUUAUAGGCGUAUGGUUUCUGAAAGAGAUGGUGAUGGGUUGGGGAAGAGAGAAGAACAGUGGACUGAAAUUCUUUCUUGGGAGCCUAGAGCUUUUCUUUAUCACAAUUUCUUGUCAAAAGAAGAAUGUGAAUAUCUAAUAAACCUUGCCAAACCUCAUAUGGUGAAAUCAACUGUGGUAGAUAGCAAGACGGGUCGGAGUAAAGAUAGCAGGGUGCGUACUAGUUCGGGAAUGUUCUUGAGGAGAGGACGGGAUAAAGUCAUUAGGGACAUAGAAAAAAGGAUAGCUGACUUCUCUUUCAUUCCUGCAGAGCAUGGAGAAGGACUUCAAGUUCUCCAUUAUGAAGUUGGGCAGAAGUAUGAGGCUCACUUUGACUAUUUCCUUGACGAGUUCAAUACAAAAAAUGGUGGCCAGCGGACAGCUACUCUUCUUAUGUAUCUGUCGGAUGUUGAAGAAGGGGGUGAGACUGUAUUUCCUGCUGCCAACGUAAACAUAAGCGCUGUGCCAUGGUGGAAUGAGUUGUCAGAAUGCGCCAAACAGGGUCUUUCGCUGAAACCAAAAAUGGGUAAUGCAUUGCUUUUUUGGAGCACAAGACCUGAUGCGACACUUGAUCCUUCAAGUUUGCAUGGUAGUUGCCCUGUGAUUAGAGGAAACAAGUGGUCUGCUACAAAGUGGAUGCAUCUUGGGGAAUACAAGAAAGGCAUCACAUACGCCUUUAGGCUCAUUAAAUUUGGCAUGGCCACCUGGACCUUUUUCGCCGCUGUCUAUGUUGGUGGUUUGUGGUAG